AUGAAGCCCAAGGUCAAUUCACCACUAAUUUUCUGGAAGGCUUCUUUGAAUCUCGAGACUUCGGACUGGAAUUCCAAUUCAAAUACCAGACGUGGACAGCCUACGUGGCAUAAGACAACAAGAAAGAAGCUCUCUCAAUUCCUUGCCAAGCGUCCUUGGAUACAACUUCCCAUAACAGAGAGAGAGUUCCAUUCCACGAAGUAUACCAAUUCUCAGAGGCACUGUUUCCACUUCUCAGGACGCCUUCUACUUAACCUCAAGGCGACAAUCCACACCAGAUUCAGUAAACAUCCUCAUUUUAACUCCACUUUUUUAUGUUUUUUGUGA